AAGGAGGCGGGGGCGGGCUGCUGAAUGACGGCUGGAGCUUUGUUGACAGUUAGGAGCCGAGACUGCCCACGGAACCCACUCAGGCCUACCGACAUUACAUCUCCACCGUGUAAAUAUGUCACACAGAAGAGGAGGAGCGCUUCUUCAUCGUUUCUUGUAACACCGGGAGAUGUUCCGCGCCGUGUUCGGGCUGCGUGUCAGGACGACACGGUGUCGAGGCGGAGCGGACGCGUUCACAGGUUGAUGAUCCGCAUUUGGCAGCGAGCAGAGGAGACGGCAGAAGUAGUAGCUGUAUGGGGUUAGUGUGUAUAGGCAGUUCCUCGAAACGCAGCCUCAUGUUGUAAGGAACAAAAGGCGGUGCUUGCUAAUUCCCGAGAACUCCGACCAGAGUCACACAUGCUGCCCAACGUCCGCCUGUCGGGCUGAAGUUGAGGCUCACACUUCGGCUACGAGCAGGAGGCUUGUCUGCCUCUAAAGGACCGUCUUGCACGUUUGACAGAUAGCCAAUCAAAUCUGGUAUUCAAAUCGGUGCUCUUAUGUCAGUGACCUAUAUCUCAUGCAUGUACGCCGAGAGCCCACAGUAACCUCUCCUCCAGACCAGACAGCAUGGGGAUCAACGGGCUAGACAAUCCAGCACAGCCGUCCAGCGGAGUUUCCCAGACGGAGCAACCGGCUGCAGAUCCUCAGAUGGAGCACACAAACGCUCCCCCAGAGCCAGACGCCAGCAGAGAGGACCAGGCGGCGGGCAGCGAGGUUAAGAUCGUGAAGGAGGACAGCGACGUGCAGCUGAUCGAAGCCGGGUGCAAGCCGUCCCCUUCGCCGGCUUGUGAACCCGAGCCGGGGGUCCAGGUAGAGAGGCACGGCCACGGAGGCGGAUUCGUCCCGCCCGAAGGAGGCUUCGGCUGGCUUGUGGUGUUCGCUGCAACCUGGUGCAAUGGCUCGAUCUUCGGUAUCCAGAACUCUUUCGGCAUCCUGCAUUUGAUGCUGGUGAAGGAGCACACAGACCCGGAGGACCAGACGUCUCAGUUCAAAGUGGCCUGGGUCGGGGCCUUGGCCAUGGGCAUGAUCUUCUUCUGCUCACCUAUCGUCAGUAUGUUCACCGACCACUUUGGCUGUAGGAAGACAGCUGUCAGCGGCGCAACACUGGCUUUUAUAGGGUUGCUCAGUACAUCAUUUGCAAACUCCUUGAUCCUUCGCUACUUCACGUAUGGGAUAUUGUUCGGAUGUGGCUGCUCCUUUGCCUUCCAGCCCUCGUUGGUCAUCCUCGGCCACUACUUCCGCCAGCGCCUGGGCCUGGCCAACGGUGUGGUGACGGCCGGUGCCAGCCUCUUCUCCAUGGGCCUGCCAGUUUUACUUAAGAAGGUGGCGGAACCUCUGGGCCUCAGCAGAACCUUCCAGAUCCUCAGCCUCUUCAUGCUGGUCCAGGCCCUGCUGGCAUUAACGUUCAAACCUCUGCUCCCUGCUGGGGGAGGCAUGGGCCCACCAGGAAUGAGCCCUGGCCCUGCCGAAUCCCAAACCCAGGCCACCGCUCAGGGUGGGGGCAAGUGGAGCAAGGCGAUGGCCCGGGUCAGGAAAUACUUCAACCUGCGUGUGUUUCACAUCGUUACAUACCGGGUGUGGGCGUUUGGAGUGGCCACUGCUGUAUUAGGAUACUUUGUACCGUAUGUCCAUCUGAUGAACUUUGUGGAGGAACAGUUCAAAGAGACUGAAAAGGAAUGGGUGCUACUGGUUUGCAUAGGAGCUUCGUCUGGGGUAGGACGCCUCACUUUUGGCAAGAUUGGGGACCUCAUUCCCGGUCUAAAGAAGAUCUACAUGCAGGUGGCAUCCUUCAUGGUGCUGGGCCUGAUGUCCAUGAUGAUUCCUCAGUGUUCGGUGUUCGAGGGGCUGGUGGCAGUGUGUGUGUUCCUGGGGCUGUGUGACGGGUGCUUCCUCACCAUGAUGGCUCCUAUAGCUUUUGAACUGGUCGGGCCCAUGCAGGCUUCGCAGGCUAUAGGUUACCUUCUUGGCCUCAUGUCUCUCCCUAUGACAGCAGGCCCACCCAUCGCUGGUCUUUUACAUGGUUACUUUGGGAACUACACGGUGGCUUUCUCCCUGGCUGGGGUGCCUCCUAUGGUGGGGGGUGUGGUGCUGUUCUUUGUGCCCCUGAUCCACCGCAAGCUCCAGCGAGGCCAGGCAUCACCAGAGGAGACGUCCACCACUGCCCACAUGUUGCCCACUGCCCCACCAGCCGAGGAGCCCAAGAGCUGCUCUAAUGGAGACAUCCUGCCUGGCUAUACUGACGUAGAGACACACAUCUGAGUCUCAACUUACAAAGGGAUUCAGCCCACCAGCACCUUUUCUCAUGCUUAGAUUUCCCUCCUCCUAACCAGAAGUCUCAACUCUGGCCUUUCUGUUGGCUGACUUUUAACCUCUUACCUUCCCGGAUCCCUGUUGGCUGUUUGCUUUUUUUCGUGUGAAGUCAAAAAGGGCGCUCUGGCUACAAGCAAGAGAGAGGACGACAAGAAGGCACAUCAGCACUGAGCGAUGGAGGAGGAUAAGCACAACAUAGUCUCAAUUAAAAUGGUUGGGACUCUGUAGUAACACGCACCUCCAAGAGGAAAGAAAUGACGAUGGUGUUAACUGAAAAAAGUGGUAGUUUCUGAUUUCACAGCUUUUGAAGCUAAUUAGAUUCUAUAUAAACACAUCGUUAAGAUGGAGAGGCAUAAAAAAUAAGAACUAGAGAAGGGAGAAUUUCACCAUUUCUUUGUGUAGUACCUUGCACUUCUAUGGUUUUUAACACAAUGCAUUAUGUUUAGCUUGUGUAGCUGAAACACAGUCUCAUCUUGAUUGAUUUGCAGGUUUGCUGUAUUCACGUCUUUUCUACUGCCUGUGUUUUCUGCUGUGACAGCUACAAGAGAAACACAUGUAUCAGUUGUAAAUGUCACAGGAGGCGACUGACACUUUUUCUGACAGAUGAGCCACCAGACACAAUCACCUCAACUCAACUGCACACAAGUUUUACACCAUGGCUGCUCUCUGUACUCACAACCAGGGUCUAAAACUUGAACAAAAGGACUUUUCUCUACCAGUCUGCCUGCAUGAGAGACAGAUGUGUGAUUGUGGCAGCUGUUGAUUCCAUUAAUUCAUAUGCAACCAAGUCUAGCGUGUUAGAUCUUACAACCAUUUUCAGUUUGGGUCAGUGACUUUAAAGCACGUGGCAGGUUAAUUUAUGCAGUCAAAGUUCAGAAGAAAGGUGAGCUUCUGCUGCCUGAAUUAAUGAAACUAAACACUACAGUUGAUACAAGGUCUUCUCGUGACUCUGUAGAGCCUUAAUGUUUUAUUUUUUCAAUCACGGAUCUCUACAGAUUGUAUCGGCCUUUAAACAUUUGAGCAGGGUGCUAGACAAAUCCGCAUAAACUGUGUUUGUUACAGCUUUGACAAUAGUUUUGUACUGUGUGGACAUCGUGUAGUUGUCUAAGUGGGAAUCAUGCAGUUGUUACAGGAGCUUGAUGGCCGUUGACAGCAUAGAUUUUGGUCAACUUCACAAAAGGCAUAUCUGUAUUGUGUAAUGUUUCCUCUGUUUGAAUGUGCGUGUAUGUGAGAGUGUACGUGUAGCACCUGAGCAUCUGCAUUUUGAUACUAACGUCAGUUAUGUCAUAUGAAACUACUACAUUUGAAUCUGUGGAUGAGAGGGAACUACUGGGAUUAAACCUGCCAAAUGGCCCCAGCCCUCUUCAGACUCACCACACAGAUAAUCCACUUAAUUUGCUGCUUUAGUUUAGUCUCAUCAUGAGGGCGUCAUUCACUGUUCUGGCAGUAAUGAAAACAUCACAGCCUCGUUGAGAUGUCCCCUCAUGGGGGCAAUUUGCUGUUACUGUUAUGUUCCAUGAAUGUUCGGUCCACUUACCUCCGCACUCUUCGAUUACAAGUUGUCCUGAACAAUGAACUUUAAUGAACAUGCGUGAAUUAGCUGCAAUAAUCAACUGUUUGAGAUAUACUAUGUGGUUACAUGCAUAACUGAAUGGCAAAGAGGGAAACUGGGAAAAGGAAAUGCUCUGGUAUUCCUACCUGUCAGUUGCCCUCUUUGCUUUCACUGCUAUUAUUCUGUCUGUAUCUGUGCUACAACACUUCGGAGCCUAAAAGCUACACAAACCUCACAGCUUAGUGUAGCUCUUUGUGGGUAAUUGCGAUAGGACAAACAGUUCUGAAUUGGAAACAUACACCUGUACCUCAGCAAUCAAACAAUCCUCAGCAAUCCAGCUGAAUACGUUGACAUUCUUCAUUACAUUAUAAUUUUUGCUGUUCUGUGUGGUGUCUAUUUUUGUUGCAAUCUCAGAGCCACAAAGCUGCCAAAUGUCAGUCUGUCAAUCAGCCUUGCUUCCUCCAACCUAAUUAGUGUCUGUUUAGGUACCACAAAACUGUGGAAAUGUCAAACUUCCAUUUACCCAAACAGUCGGUGCGCAAUCAGUUUUAUUCUUCCUCCUUGUUUUGCCUUUGUAUGCGUUUGCUCAGUUGUUUUCCAUCCUCAUCAUUCCAGCCCUCUGUUACCUCUUCCUCCACAGUUACUAAUUGUAAAUUCUAUAGAGUCUCUUUGUAGCAGCCUACUGUCCCUGUCUGUGUUCAAAGAAAUGCAGUGAUUUAAAUAUCUAAUAUUCUUUACUAAAGUUAGAGGAGACGUAAGACUACAAGCAGGGGAGUGGAUCCAUACAAUGAUAUAUGUAUGUUGGAAAGCAAACACGUAGGUCUCUAGUUUGAUGAAGGUAGUGUUACAUUUAAUUAGCAGUGCAAACAGUUGUUGAUGCUAUUUAUAGCUGCUGCUACCAAGAUAUAAAAAGGUAGAGGUAAUUAAAAAGUAUGCGCUGCAUGACUAGUCCUGAUACCAGCUAUAUAAGCUAACAAAAGUCCUUUAUUUAACAGAAUCUGUGUCUUUUGUCCAACUGUAAAAUUAGUUACAGGUUUUAUAAUUUUGUGUUAUGAAAGGUUACAGGAGACUCUUUCUAAAAAAACAAACCUCAGAACCCCAUGCUAAAACAGUAACCCAUAGCCUUAAUAAGUAAUUUUUAACUAUGUGAACUGCAUCCUCAAAUGUAUAAAGACAGCAUUUCUACAGAAAUGAAUAGGCAGUAUUUCAUAUACUCCUGUACAACACUAACUUAAAUUUCUGUUACUGCUGCACUGAAAACACAGAUGUUAGUGAGUUGCACUAGCUUAAUGCUAUCAAACUAGGGGCCUAUGUUGCUGAAGUCCCAAAUGAAUGAAUGAAUGAAUGAGUGAAAACUAUUCCAGAGGGUGUUUCCUUUGGUAGUCAUAUUGGUGGACCUCAGCCUUUUGGUUCAUAACCAGCUGUGAAAGGCUGCUUGUGUAUGCACAAAAAUGUAUCCGUCUCAACAGAAUUUUAGAGGAUUGUUUUUUUUUUGUGUGUCUUGACUGUGAACUUAUAUGAUUUUUCUUUUCAUGUUGACUAUGUUGGCACCUUGUUACUACCAUUGCUGUUUUCUUUGAAAGACAAGGACUAAAGGCAAGAUGUUUGAAUCACAGCAGUAACCUCAAUUUGAAAACAAAUCUGCCUUACAUUUACUAAUGGCCGGUAGCUUAGCUGUGUACCAGAACGGAAUUUGUUUAUAGAUUUGAGACAAAAUAAAGCAAAGCUUGUAUAGUAAAUUUUUCAGGUCUCAAUGUAACUUUGUACUCGUGUUUCUUUUUGCUGGUUUCAGUAUAAAUUCUAUUUUAACUGCCUCUUUAGCUGAUUCCAUCUAAGUCAGCGAUGCUCAGUUUCUGGUCAGAACCAGCUGAGUGUUGCUUUUUUUUAUUAACCUAAAUGUAGAUUCAAAUAGAGAAAACUGACAUGUAUCAAUAUAAUUUGUAAUGGUUUUUAAUUAACCAUAAACUGUUUGUUUUUGUUUUUUAAUUGUUGGUGUUUUUAGUGAUACUACUGGAAAGAGAGUUGGUCUUUCUGUUCAGAGUUGAGAUAAUGUAAAAGUGAAGGAGCUGAAUGAAUGAAGAAUGAUACAGUACAUCUGGAUGGUUGCAUGGUGUCUGCUCUACCAGUGUUUGGCUUGCCAAAGUCUUUUCAUCUAUGCAGCGUCACUAUGCUCAUGGUCUCCUUCCUGUGAGCGCUUCACUUUCUGAGGUCUGAACAUGUCAGACUCUUAAUGACAAAUGUUUACUUGGACACCAAGUUUGCAUUUUCUCCGGUAGCAGUCAAAGCUGUAGUCUUCAGUAGUUCAGGAACAGCUAAACGUAUAGUAGAGCCCCUUGUAUUUUACCUAAAGGAUGUAUGUACUAAUAACACUACUACUUGUUUCUCUUGUUUAUAAAGACUUUUUUUAAUAUAUAUAUUUAGAAAGUUUUGGAGCUGUUGUUGGACUUCUAGCUGUUUCCCAAAAAAUGUCACAUUUCUCCCCCUGCGAUUGCUGUUCUUUCUCUUCUGCUGCUUGCCUGUGGCUGAGACUUUGAAAGUCAUAGCUUCAGAGGGACACAUUGGAGGCAUAUUUUAAACUCUGUGUUACACAAGACGAAGGUAUCACAAGGCACUGUUUUCUUGGUUGUUACAUUCAUGAAAAACAGAUCAGAUCAACUGAACGUAGUACUCUACAUUUAGUGUUCAGUCAGUUUGUCAUAUUUUAUUCAACGUUGGUUUCAUUUCAUUCAGCAUUUGCUUGAAUUUACAGCUGUUAUCUCAGUUUUUUCUCAUUCGGCUUUCCUUCGGCUGAUAAAACCGCCUGAUUUCAAGUCAAUAGAAACUGUUGCAGCACCAAGACUUGUUCUUCUACCGUGCAAUGUGCCAUUUCUCUGCUCCUCUGACCUCACCACCAGCUCAACUCUGUUUAACUCGUGUGCUUUUCCUGAAACCACAUUACCAAUAUGUGAAACAGCAUAGCGGAAGGUCUGUAUGUUACGAAGCUGAGCUACAAAAAGUCAGCACCUCAUAGACUGCCAUGGAUCAUUUCCAGCAGGAAUACUUUCCCAGUGUUCUUGCCAGCAGAAGUCAUUUCUAAUUUUUCAUGGCUUUUGCUCACACCUGAAUAAUAUUCUGACUUUUCUAUGCUCCGUAUUUUCUAGAAACCCUAUCUUCAUGCAUAUUUCUCAUUGUCUUGACUGUGCACGUCCUGUUUUCACAGUUCUAAAUGUUCUAUUGUUUAGUGUUUUGACGGUCAUAUAUUCUCAUUCGCGUUUCUGUAUGCGGCAACGCUCAGCGCAGGCCGUCCCACAGUCUUACAUGUUGAAAUGUUCUGCUAAAUGUUCUCUCUCUAACCUCCAGUAAGGCUGCUGCAGUUAAACCUCUACUGUGUCACUUUACUUCUUAAAGCUGCCAGCUUCUGUCCUUCUGUCCCACACGAGCUCUACCUUUUUAUAUGAAAACCCAUUUCUGUCUUAUUCAGUGAUCUAACAAGGCCAGUGACAUCGCAACAUCUGAAAUUCACUCAUGCUGCUAGAAAGAUUAAUGUAAUUUUUGUGUUUUGUUCGUAAUUUUAAAUCUGUAUUAAAAGAGGCACAUGUUUUUUUUUCUAUUAAACCAACAAUAAAAUGUAAUAUGAGAACUCA